AUGAAGGCUGCAAUUGUUUUCGUCCUGCUCUUUGCAACGGCCCUCUGUCGCCCGGUGAAACGAUCAUCCAGCAGCAGUUCAGAGAGCUCAGAGGAAGUGGUAAAACCAGCUCCGGUGCUUCAGAAAGCCCUAGUAGAACUCACCCAGGUUGCAUCUGUACAGAAUGUGGGUGCUGGUACAGCAUCAGACGAGAGCUCCGACGAAGAUGAAACAGAAGGAGCUGAUCCUACAUCAGACCCAACAGUGGACAGCACAUCAUCGACAGACAGUGCAGACAGUGACGAAAGCAAGGACAGCACAGGCAGCACAGACAGUGAUGACACAGAGGAGUCAGAGUCCGGAGAGGCAGACACCACCGCUGCCCCUCCCACCUCUGAGUCCACUGUUGAGCCCACCCUGGCUCCCACCGAGGCCCCCAUCUACGACGACGGACGCGGAGACAGCAUGGGCUACCCCGGUGACUACAAGAAGUCCAUCUAUGUAGACACCAACAACAUCGAGAAGGGACCCUCCCCAUACAAAUACUAUGGAAAGAUGGACGAGGGCAUGUAUGCUGGCAAGAAGGUGUCCGUCUACGACACCGGGCUCGGAAACGAGAUUGAGAAGACGCUGACCGUGUUCAAGGCCCUGCAGGUGCAUGAUUUGAUGGAAGAGGACACCAGCACCCCCGAGGUGGAGAGCCAGGGUUUGGAUGUCUCCAGCGGGACAGCCGAGGAGCCCAGCCUGCGCCAAGCGCACGUCGAUGAAGCCAGACAGGACACCGGUCCCUCUGAGAGCCCCGAGAGCCAGGGAGCUGAGAGCCUGGAGGAGGAAGAGGCAGAGAGUGCCAGCGCUAGCGCCAGUGAUGCGACAAGUGAGAGCACCAGUAGCGCUAGCAGCGACGGCACCAGCGAGAGCACCAGCGCCAGUGAUGAGACUGACAGCAGCAACAGCAGUGAGGAGGCUACAGCCACGCCCGGGGCAGCAGACAGCGACGAGAGCCAGGAGAGUGACAGCAACUCAGCUGAGGAGGCGGCCACAGAGGCUACCAUAGAUACCGACACUCCCGUUGUCAUAGUUGCCUAG